UUGAUCUUUUACAAAUAAAAGAGUUUAAAUUUGUUCAAGGAUUAUCGUAAUAAAUAUAAAAAAUAGAAAAAUAGUGAAAAAUAGAAAUGCUAUAUUGAUGAGACAAUUCUUAAAGUACAAAAAAAAAAAAAUUGACAAAACGUAAGAAUUUCACUAGCUAAAUAUAUGAAUACAAAGAUUUAAUAGAACCAAAACAAAAAGGUUACAACAAUAUUCAUACUUUUCCGAUGUAUAAAAUCUCACACACUUCCAAUUGUAGAAAGAAACGUAAAGAGUUAGAAAAUGUAUUGGCCAAAUUUCAAUUUCAUAACAACUGACCGACAAGUCGAAAAAAAGAACCAUCCAAUCGACGUGUCGACUUCUCUCAAAACGUGGCACAAAUCAAUGGCCAAUAAAACAAACGCGUCGUCUUCCCAAAUUAACUGAAAAAAAAAACCCCUUUCUUUCCCAAAAUCCAUACCCACUCGCAGUUUCCAAAUUGAAUUCAACACUCUCCCUUUGCCUAAAAGCUUUUAGUCACAAUAAAGAGUAAACCAUAAAAAUUAAACAAUAAAUGUAUUUUUGUGUGGACAUGAUGGCGAGUAUCGUUAAAAUCUUACUCGAGCAGGUAGGAAAAAGAAAAAAAUAAUUAUUAUAAAAAUAAUUAUUGGUGGAGUUGUAAUAUAAAAACCUCGUGAUGAAUGUCACCGAAAAGGCGCAAAAUUUUCUCUGUUUCUUCUUUUGUUUCGCUUCAAAUUUCAAAACCCACUUCCCAUUUUCACCCCUAAACCCUAAAAAGAUGAUCGGCGCCUUGCGGAGAAGCUCUGGGAUUUCUGGGUUGUUACAUUUUCGCCAUUUUUCUCACUUGAAAGGUUCUAAGGCGGCUUUUGAAGCUACUGCGAUCGUGAGGAAGCCAAAUCAACCAAUUAGGCCGUACUUCCGUUUGCCGGACUCUUUCAGGAAGGCGAAGGAGGUUGGUGUUUUUCCGUCGGUGCAGCACUCGUCUGCUUCAUCGUUUUUUUCGUUUGUGAAGGUUGAGUUUCUUGAAUGGUAUUUGGCGAUGGUCAAAUGUCGUCCUGUUCUUACCAAGAGUAUCACUUCUGCGAUUAUUUACUCGGCUGCUGAUUUGUCGUCUCAGACCAUAUCUCUGUCACCUUCAGAGUCAUAUGAUUUAAUUCGAACAGUAAGGAUGGCGGGAUAUGGUAUGCUGGUUCUAGGGCCAUCUCUCCAUUAUUGGUUCAACUUAAUGUCCAAACUCUUCCCUAAAAAAGAUCUCUUCUCCACCUUCAAGAAAAUGGCCAUGGGCCAAGGUCUCUUUGGCCCUUUCAUGACAGCCAUUUUCUUCUCCUUAAAUGCAUUUGUCCAAGGUGAAAAUGGUGCUGAAAUUAUUGCCCGAUUGAAACGAGACUUGCUUCCUACAAUGCUUAACGGCGUUAUGUACUGGCCAGUUUGCGAUUUCAUCACGUUUAGAUUUGUCCCUGUUCAUCUUCAAGCGUUGGUGAGCAAUUCUUUUUCGUAUGUGUGGACAGUUUACAUGACAUACAUGGCGAGCCUCGAGAAAGCUGUCUCGUGAUUUGAUCAAUAUAGCUGGGGGAUUAAGUUCAGACACGAUCUUGAUGACAGUCCCUUUUCCAAUUUUCUAGGAUGAAGAAACAAGUGGUUUUCGAAACGGAAAUUGGUUAACUUUUUAGGAAGAAGGGAGAGAGAGAUUCUUUUCUAGUUAAUAUAAUUGUAAACGGUUUUACGAGAUAAGAGAUGUAUGAGUUGAAGAACCUUUCUGGGAAUCUAAAUUAGCAUUUGCUUGGUAUAUAAUAUUUGUAGAAAGUAUGUGAAGAUUCUGUUUC